GUGUGUGGGUGUGUGUGUGUGUGUGUGUGGCCUUGAGCCCCGUGUGGGGGCUGGGAGCACUCCUGCCCUCUGGGUCCUGCAUGUGACACAGGUCCUAGAUAUCUCUCAGCCCAGAUCGAUGGCCCUGGCCCAGCUCCGGUCUUGGGGCAAACCUCAGAUAAGGGCUCCCCAGAAAACUGGCUCUCGCCCCUUUCAGGAUUUGUUUCCUCAGCAGAUGGAAAGGCCACCCGUGCCGCCUGAUCUUCUCUGUGCUGGCCUGAAGGGCAAGCGUCCACAGCCUUCUCCACAGUCACCCCUCCUCCCUGACACAUCCUGGCCCCUCGGUCCUCCUGGACCUGCCACUUUUCCCUCUUCUUCCCAGAAGGGCCACCAGCCUUUCUCUGCUGCCAGCUUCCUCCCGCCCCUCCCUUCUCUGCUGCCCACCCCUCCUCCCCCAGCCCCAAACCCUGACAGUUUCUCUUCAGAGCAGCAUGCUGACCAAGAGGUGGCACCUGGAGCCUGGAGGCCGGGCCCAGCUCAUCCGCUCCCCAGCUCUGGUCCCUUUCUGCUCAUCCUUGUCCUGACCUUCUAUGGAGAGCUCUCUUCGGCGCCCUUCUCGGCAGAUAAUUCUCUGGGAAGCCUCUUUGAGGACUUUGUCCAGGUCUCUGACCUUCACCCUGGAUCCACACUCCCUCCAAACCUGUUGUUGGGGCCAGGGCUGGCUCUUACAGAUUUCCUCCCUCCCGGGCUCCUGGGACAAUCAGCCCCGGAAACCCUAAGCACCUUUGCUAUCUCUCUGCACGCUGUGAGCCCUGCCUCCUGGUCCGAGGGCCCCUGGCCUCCCUCUGGGAGCUCCCCUGCACACUGGGCCCUCUGUGAGGCGGCCAUCCCCUCGCAUACCCCCAGCAACUCCCAGGUCACACAUAGAUUUUAUGCCCAGUUGGCCCUCCAGCCCCCUCCCCCAGCAAGCUGGCCCCUCCUCAGAAACUUGGCUGCCGAGUUCCCAAAAUUCUUACCAGAAAUUAGUCUGGUUGAUCCUUCAAGGUUCAGCCUGGCAGCACUCCUAGGAGUGCUCCUUGCCCCCCGUCACCCUCCCCAGGCUGGGCUGGUCCCCCUCCUCUGUUUCUCUCCUGAAUAGUUGACCCACAUUGGACUGGAUCAUUCCCUUGUCAUCGCUGAUGCCCCUGCCCCUUAUCCCAUCUACACUGUGAGCAAGGACCCGUACACACCUUCCACCCGGCCUCGGCUGAACACAGAGGAUAUUAAUGUGACCCACCUGUGCUCCCCCAGGAGCAGGCAGGUCUAGGACCAAGGGUGACCUGGCUUCUGGGCAGGCAGGUCCAUUCCAGAAGACUCAGCACAGCCAGCAAGAGGGGACUGGGGGUUCUGGCUCCGCCUCUGCCCCAGCAGGAAGCAGCUUUUCCUCUGUACUGGGAACCCUGAGUCUGGUGCAUGGUCAGGGCAGGAAGACAUGGCUGCGGACACUU